AUGGAAUUAAUAGCAAAUAUUUUUGGAUUUUAUUUUACUUUAUUUUUCAAUUGUCUCUCUUUCUUAGCAUCACAGAAUUACGAUUCAAUUGUAUUAAACGAAGUAAAUAGAACAGACGAGAAAGAAAAUUUGACAAAAGAAGAAUUAAAUAAUAAAAUUUUAACAUUAAAAGAAGAACCAGCUUGGUUACGUUCUGGAAAGUUUCAAGGGGAUAUUGAUGGAGUUGAUGAAGUAUUACUUAAACAGUUAUCAGAUCCAAAUGUUCAAUUUAAUGCUUUAAAGAAUCAUCAAUUAACAUGGCCAAAUGGUAUUGUUCCCUAUGAAUUGGAUGAGGCUUUUUCAAUUAGUGAAGUUAAACUGUUACAAAAAGCUUUUAGAAUUUAUCGACGAUGUUAUUCUCAAGUUGGGAAAACUGGUGGUAAACAAGAACUUUCAUUGGGACAAGGAUGUUUAUUUAAUGAAACUAUAAUUCAUGAAUUAAUGCAUUCAUUGGGUUUCUGGCACGAACAUAGUAGAGCAGACAGAGAUAAUCAUAUAAUAAUUCGUUGGGAGAAUAUAUUACCUGGUUUAGAUUCACAAUUUGAUAUUUUUACAAAUAUAAUUGGAACAUCUUUUGAAUUGAGUGAAUUAGAUAUAGAAAAAAUAAUGAAAUUAUAUAAUUGUAAUAAACAGAAGAAAGGAAAUAGUAAUUAUUUAAUUAAAAAAAGAAAAAUAAAUAAUUAUCAAGAAAAUAUUGAAAAUAAAUUUAAAAAGAAAUUAAGAAAAAAAUUAAAAGAAGAAAAAGAAAAUACUAAUUAUUUACUAAAAGAAGAAGAACAAAAAGAAUGUAAUGAUUAUUUUGUUGAUUGUAACCAAUUUAUUGACUAUUGUAGAAGAAUAUCUUUUUAUUUUAUUAUGAGAACAUAUUGUCCAUUUACUUGUGGAAAAUGUAAAAAAUAA